UGGUUUUAAAAAUAAAAAGUCAGUGCAGCGCUGUCUUUUUCGUUUGCAAAAUUCCUAAAAAUUGGAAAUUUAUUUAAAGUAGCACUCUUCCGUCGCUAUAUUUACGUUUUCUGGAUUCAGCACAGGGAGAAUAUUUAACGAUGGACGUGGAUACAGGUGGCCGCGAAGGCAGUCCGGCACGCUCACGCAGUCACUCGGUGGAAUCCAACUCCAAGAUGUCCCACGACGGGUCGGCGCGGUCCCGAAGCGGGUCACGGUCCAAAUCUCGCUCCAGAUCCCGAAGUGGAUCCCGAAAAUCCGGCUCUAGAUCCCGCAGUGGAUCACGUAAAUCUCGCUCUAGAAGCGGUUCAGCCAAGUCCCGCAGCCCGUCUCCAGGAGGAGCUGGAACUCCUAAGUCUCCCAGAAAAUCCCGCAGCAGAUCCAAGUCAAAGUCUCCGGCUAAUGCCGGUUCUAGAAGUGGGUCAAAGUCGAAAUCCCGUUCGCGAUCGCGAUCACGCAGCGGGUCCAGAGCUAAAUCAAGGUCCAGAAGUGGAUCGCCGGCAAAGUCCAGGUCCAGAAGUGGUUCAAGGAAGUCUAGAUCUAGGAGUGGAUCGCGAGCUAGAAGCGGAUCGCGGGGGAGGUCUAGAUCUAAAAGUGGAUCUAGGGCUAGGAGUGGGUCUCGGGCAAAAUCACGGUCCAAAAGUGGGUCUAGAGCCAGAAGUGGAUCCAGAGCAAAGUCUAGAUCUCGUAGUGGGUCUCGAGCUAGAAGUGGGUCCAGGGCUAGGAGUGGGUCCCGAGCUAAGUCCAGGUCCCGUAGUGGGUCCCGGGACAAGGCAGCAGAAGGCACCAGCAGAAAGAGUCGCUCCAGAAGUGAAUCUCUAGAUAAAGUUGAAAAGAGGAAGCGGUCAAGGUCCAAAUCUGGUUCACACAGUCGUAGCCGAUCUAGAUCUGGCUCACGAAGGUCCAGAUCUGGGUCCAGGCGUUCCAGAUCUGGCUCUAGACGGUCCCGCUCCGGCUCUCGCUCCCGAUCCGGUUCCCGACGCUCCCGGUCCGGAUCUAGACGAUCCAGAUCUGGCUCUAGGAGGUCUAGGUCUGGAUCUGGGUCAAGGAGAUCUAGGUCUGGGUCUAGACGGUCUAGGUCUGGAUCUAGGAGGUCUAGGUCCGGCUCACGCAAGUCUGGGUCUCGGUCGAGAUCACGAUCUAAGUCUGUUGGUGCUGAUGGAGGACGCCGCAAGCGCUCUCGUUCCGGUUCAAAAUCUAGAUCUAGGUCCGGAUCCAGAAAGUCUAGGUCUAGGUCUCGAUCUCGCUCUGGAUCUCGCUCCAGAUCUCGCUCGGGCUCCGGCGAACCUCAGACCAAGAAGCGCCGCACAGUCCGUCUGACGUCAGAGUCGGGUGACGAGGCGCCCCCCGCGGUGGACCCCCCGGCGGGGGAGGGGGCGGCCCCCGCGGCCCCCGCCGAUGACAGCUCUGAUGAUGAAGUGGCCCCGGAUUCUAAGAGUAACGAGAUGGCGGGCGGCAUGACCGACUUCGAGAUCAUGUUAGCUCGCAAGCGAGACGAGCGCAAGGGACGACGACGCAGAAGAGAUAUAGACAUUAUUAAUGACAAUGAUGAUCUUAUUGCGCAACUCCUGCACGACAUGCGUAAAGCAGCAGAAGAAGACCGAGAGCUGAACAAGUUGUCUCAACCGGCCGUCCGGAAGGUGUCCAUGCUGAAGAAAGCCAUGAGCCAACUUAUUAAAAAGGACCUCCAACUAGCCUUCUUAGAACACAACGUGCUCAAUGUGCUCUGCGACUGGCUCGCCCCGAUGCCUAAUCGAGCCCUGCCCUGCCUGCUGAUCAGAGAGAGUGUGCUGAGACUGCUGUGCGAUUUCCCAGCCAUAGACAAGUCGCUCCUAAAGCAAUCCGGCAUCGGCAAAGCCGUAAUGUACCUGUACAAGCACCCCAAGGAGACGAAGCGCAACCGGGAGCGAGCCGGCAGACUCAUCUCCGAGUGGGCGCGCCCGAUAUUCAACCUCAGCACCGAUUUCAAAGCGAUGUCCCGCUCGGAGCGGCAGGCGCGCGACGAGGCGAUGGCGGGCGGACGGAGACCAGACAAGGAGUCCACUUCUAAGAAGGAGGAGGAACGAACCGGCCCGGUGGCCCGUCCGGGUGAAAAAGGCUGGGUGGCGCGAGCCAGGGUGCCUCUACCCAGCAACAAGGACUAUGUAGUGAGGCCCAAGAGCACUACUGAUGUGGAUAUGAGCAGGGUAUCUAAGAAGAAGAUGACUCGCUACGAGAAGCAGAUGAAGCGGUUCCUGGACCAGAAGCGCAUGAAGAGUGGUUCUAGACGAGCCGUCGAGAUCUCCAUCGAGGGACGCAAGAUGGCGCUCUAGACUACACGUUUAAUAACGUAGCCAUUACAGAGAAGUGUGAAUGAAUGACGGAAGAUGGCGCUUUAAACUACACCUUUUUGUCACAAUAAGAGCGAAAUUAUAGCGCGAUACACAUAAACAAAAAACAGAGUAACGCAAGACGCAAAAAAAUAAUAAUGGGCUUUCUGUUCUAAUGUAACUAUCGUAGGAUCUCCCUAAUCCGCCGGAAAAAAACAUAUAACUAUAGU